AUGCGCGCGCGCCCGCUGGCGUACGCGCUGCGCGCGCCGGUGGAGCGCGCGUUGGACCAGCUGGAGCGGGAAGGUAUUAUCACACCGGUCGAGACUUCAGACUGGGCCACGCCGAUUGUACCGGUAGUGAAGCGUGACGGAGUGGUCAUUGACUCAACAUCAAAAUGGCUAGAAGUAAAACAAAUGACAAGGACGACGGCGGAGGAGGUCAUCAAAGUUUUAAGGGAGAUGUUUUCGCAUUUCGGCCUACCUAAAAUGAUGGUAUCAGACAAUGGCCCUCCUUUCACUAGUGCUGAACUGGCCAAUUUUAUGCAAUUGAAUGGCAUAAAACACACCUACUCCCCGGCGUAUCAUCCGUCCUCCAACGGGGCCACGGAAGGCGCAGUUAAGCUGGUCAAACGAACAAUUUUGAAGGCUCUACGCGAUAACCAAGACGUGGACACGGCGCUUCAGUCAUAUUUACUGGCAUACAGGAAUGCUAUCCACAGCAGCACGGAGGAGUCGCCGGCUAGGUUGCUGCAGCGAAGAGGUUUACGCACGAGAUUGGACUUACUGCGCGCUGACGCUGGCGCCGCGGCACGCGACAGUGCGCGUAACGCGCAACUCCGUCAACGCGAAAACGCUGGGGGUGCCUCGAGGUCGUGUAAGGUGGGUGAGAAUGUUUGGGCUAGGAAUUUUAGCAAAGGGGAGAAAUGGGUUAGCGGGACCGUUACGGAGCAGUUAGGUUCGCGAAAUUAUUUGGUGCAAAGGGAAGACGGUCAAAUUAUUAAAAGGCAUAUAGAUCAGUUACGCAACAACUCACGCUUGGCUAUAACGGCGUGCCCAGCGACGGACCCGGGUGAUAGCCAGGAGAACGGAACGGCACCGCGUGCGCCACCGGAGUCCGCCUCUGUGCCGCCCGAUCCUAUUCCUAAACGAGUGCCAGUACCCGUAGAAAGAUAUGGUAAUCCCGUAUUAUAUUGA